UUUUGGACAUUGACUUGUUCUGUUCAAGUGGCAGCUUGAAGAACUGCAUUUUUUUUUUUACACUUCCGUAUUGUAUUCAUUUCACAGCCACGGAGGUUGCCGCCUGCUCCUGAGUCCUGCUUACGUAGUGCAGAUAGUUGUGCAGUUUGUGAUUUCUGAGAAAAAACGGAAUAUUAUAUAAUUCAAAAAGGUGCAUAUGAACACUGGGGAAUGCAUGACUUGUAAAGAGGAGGGGCGGGACUGCAAACUUUUGACCAAUCAGCUUUAGCUAUGGCCGCAGCGACAAUGGCAGCAGCGUGGACUAACCGUGGGAGGAGGGCUGUGAUUUUUCUGGGGACAGUGACUCGAUGUGCAUCAAGUCACACCGCUUUGAAAUCCCAGUAUGACGCUCUGGUCAUCGGAGGAGGACACAAUGGACUGGUGGCAGCUGCCUAUCUUCAGAAGGGAGGACUGAGGACAGCAGUGCUCGAACGCAGACAUGUGCUCGGAGGAGCAGCUGUUUCAGAGGAAAUAUUUCCAGGUUUCCAGUUCUCCAGGUGUUCCUAUUUACUCAGUCUAUUAAGACCGCAUAUAUAUGCAGACUUGGAGCUCAAGAAACAUGGACUGAAGGUGUAUAUGAGGGACCCCCAUGCUUUCACCCCCAUGUUGGAGGAGGGGAUGAAAGGUGCUCCACCAAGGUCUCUUACCCUAGGCUCAGAUCUGGCCAUGAACCAGAUGGAGAUUGGCAAGUUCUCACAAAAGGAUGCUAAGGCUUAUGCAGAUUUUGAAGCAUAUCUCCAGAAGUUAGCAGGAGCUAUUCACCCGCUUCUGGAUGGUCCUCCUGCAGAUGUUCCAGGUGUUACAGCUGGAUCACUGAGGAAGAGGCUGGCUGCAGCUAAAACACUGAUGCCACUCGUAAAAUGCGGUCUGAAACUGGGCGCAAACAUUCCAGCCUUUUAUGAACUUAUAACUGCACCAGCAACAAAGAUCCUCAAUCGGUGGUUUGAGUCGGAGCCACUGAAAGCAACGCUGGCUACUGAUGCUUUGAUAGGAGCCAUGUGCGGUCCAAGUAGUCCUGGGAAUGGGUAUGUGCUCUUGCACCAUGUGAUGGGAGAGUUGGAGAAGGAGAAAGGAGCAUGGGGUUAUGUGGAAGGAGGCAUGGGAGGGGUGUCUCAGGCUAUUGCUAGCUCUGCUCGAUCCUAUGGUGUAGACAUUUUCACUGAGAAGGAUGUGGGACAGGUCUUGGUUGGUUCAGAUGGUGCUGCCAAAGGAGUGGUGCUGAUGGAUGGCACAGAGAUCCAGAGUAAAGUUGUUCUAUCAAAUGCCACCCCAUACGUCACCUUCAAGAACCUCACACCAAAGGCUGCCCUUUCUCCGGAGUUCAUCAAAGCCAUAGAUCAGAUUGACUACACUUCACCUGUAACAAAGAUCAAUGUGGCAGUGGACAAACUACCAAACUUCCUAGCAUCUCCUACACCAGAUGAUAAGCCCGGACCCCAUCAUCAAUGCUCCAUUCAUCUCAACUGUGAAAACAUGGAGAUACUGGAGACUGCAUACAGUGAGGCCCUGAAUGGACGUCCCUCAACAAGACCCAUGUUGGAAAUGACCAUCCCUUCUGUGUUGGAUCCUACACUGGCUCCCCCUGGCUGCCAUGUGGUGUCACUGUUCACCCAAUUCACCCCCUACCACAUAGAAGGCAGGGAGUGGACUGACCAGGACAGAGAGGCCUUUGCAGACAAUGUAUUUGACUGGGUGGAACAAUACGCCCCUGGAUUCAAAAAGUCGGUGGUUGGCAGAGACAUCCUGACUCCGCCUGACCUGGAGAGGAUCUUUGGCCUGACUGGAGGGAAUAUCUUCCAUGGAUCAAUGUCACUGGACCAGCUCUACCUAGUACGACCUUUGCCCUUUCUCUCACACCACCGCUCACCAAUUAAAGGGCUGUAUCUGUGCGGCAGUGGCUGUCAUCCAGGUGGUGGCGUGAUGGGUUCUCCUGGCUGCAAUGCAGCACGCAUUGUCAUGACUGACCUGAAACAUCGCUGAAAAGUUUGACCGCAUCGGUGUACGCUCAUCAAUGUUCUACCUCUCUUUUGUCUGAUUUUUGUCUGAAUUUGACCAAUUUGAGCCACCGUAUUAUGCUGUGAAUAUAGGUGACAAGGAAAGACUCAAUAAAGGAGGCUUUCAGGCUCUUAAUAGGCCAUCUAUAUCAAAUUCACCCAGUAGUAAAACUGGAUUACAGUCCUGAUAUUAACACUAGUAGACACAAAAUAUCAUGUUGUGACACCACUGAUGAAGUCAUUAAUGAAAGCAAAUGCAUUUUUUAGAAUGAUUGAUACAUGUAUUAAUAAAAUGAAC